AUGGAGCCCGACCUCUCAGCCACCAUCACUCACCACCCGCACCCUUUCCACCUCCACCAGCACUCGUCCCAUGUCUCGCGAUCAAACAACCAUACACCAAUGUCUAGCGCCCGAUCCACCCAUGGCGGCAACAGCCAUGAUGACGUUGCGGCAAGCACCGCCCUCGAGGCCGAGCAGGUGAACAGCGAGCAGGAUGGCGCCCACGCGCGCCACCCUCCACAGCAGGAAGACGUCGAGAGCCAAAAGACAAACGGGCGGCUCCCACGAUAUUCGGUCGAGAGCGACCCCUUUGGCCUGUCAGCGGGCUACAAGACAGCCGACGAGCUGGAGAAGAUCAAGGCCAACAUCUCUAGGAAGCGUGACGGGCCCUCCUCCUUGUCUCACGUCGACGGCAGCAACCCCUCGUCGCCCGCACCCAGCAUCAGGCGCGGCAAGUCCAGCCUGCUUCCCAGCUUCGGCCGCAAGGCCGUGCAGUACCGCCGUCUGCAGGGCUUCUACAACCGCCAGAACGAGACCAUCGAGCGCAUGCUCAAGUCGGUUGAUGAGCACGUCGCCGAGGCCAAGCACGAGGCGGGCGAGGAUCAGAUUAAGUUCAAGAUCGCCGUCUGGGGAUCCUUCGCCGCCAACAUCGUGCUGGCCGCCUUGCAGGUCUACGGCGCCGUUUCCUCCAGCUCGCUCUCGCUCUUCACCACCAUGGCCGACGCCAUCUUCGACCCCCUCAGCAACGUCACCCUCAUCUUCGCCAACCGCGCCGUCAGGCGCGUUGACCCCGCGCGCUUCCCCUCGGGCAAGGCCCGCCUCGAGACGGUCGGCAACAUCACCUUCUGCUUCCUCAUGACGGCCGUGUCGCUGAUACUCAUCGCCUUCUCGGCCCGCGAGCUGGUCGACCGCGAGGGCGAGAACGGCGUCAAUCGUUUCCACCUGCCGUCCGUCAUCGCCGUCAGCGUCGCGUUCACCACCAAGCUGGUGCUGUUCCUAUACACCUGGGCGCUCAAGGACCGGUACUCGCAGAUUUUGAUCCUGUGGCAGGACCACCGCAACGACCUGCUGAUCAACGGCUUCGGCAUCCUGACGUCGGUGGGCGGGUCCAAGCUGAUCUGGUGGAUCGACCCGGCCGGCGCCAUCAUCAUCUCGGUCAUCAUCAGCUUCGCCUGGCUGCGCACCGCCUUCACCGAGUUCCUGCUGCUCGUCGGGGUCGUCGCCUCGGUCGAGACCCAGCAGCUCAUCACCUACGUCUGCUGCACCCACAGCCCCGCCAUCCGCCAGAUCGACACCGUCCGCGUCUACCACUCGGGCCCGCGCCUCAUCGCCGAGGUCGACGUCGUCAUGGACCCGGACGAUUCCCUGCGCAGCACCCACGAUGUCGCGGAGGAUCUGCAGUUCAAGCUCGAGAGCUUGCCUGAUGUCGAGAGGGCUUACGUCCACGUCGACUACGAGACGGAGCAUAAGCCUGAGCAUUUCUAUAAGAAGGAUCUCUAG